AUCUUCAUUUUCCCAAAAGCUCUUCUUUUUUUUUUUUGGCAAAAUAUGUAUCUUAAAAUCAUUCUAUUCAUUAUUAUUUCUCUGGCCAUUUCGCUUGGAUUGGCAUACUUGGCAUUUUUGUUGUUUUCUCGAAGAAAACAUCGGAUUGCUAAUGAAGGAGAUCCAAGUCCAACAAUAAAUGGAUAUGCAUUCUCAAUAUGGAAUUUUGAUGGAAGGGCUGCAUAUAGAGACAUCAUUAAAGCAACUAACAAUUUCAGCGCCAACUAUUGCAUUGCUUCGAGUGGCUAUGCCAAUGUUUAUAGAGCUGAGUUGCCAAAUAGAGUGGUUGCCUUGAAGAAAUUUCACCCAGGGAAAGCAGAGGAACUAGCUUUCAACGAGAGUUUCAAGAAUGAUAUUAAGGUGUUAACAGAAAUAAGACACAGAAACAUUGAAAGGAUUUAUGGGUUUUGCAUGCAUAAUCAAUGCAUGUUUUUGAUCUAUCAAUACAUAGAAAGUAGAAGCUUGUUUUGUGUCCUUAGAAAUGAUGUUGAAGCUGUGGAAUUAGAUUGGCUUAAAAGGGUCAACGUCAUCAAAAGCAUGUCACAUGCUUUGUCUUACCUUCACCAUGACUGCAUUCCACCCAUCCUUCAUCGAGACUUCUCAAGUAAAAACAUUCUCUUGGACUCAGAAUUGGAGGCUUUUGUUUCUAACUUUGGAAAUGCUAGGCUUUUGGAUCCAGCUGGUUCAUCUAAUUAUACCAUGGAUGCUAGCACUCAUGGUUAUAUUGCACCAGAACUUGCCAAUACGAUGGUUGUGACGGAGAAAUGUGAUGUUUAUAGCUUUGGGGUUGUGGCAUUAGAAGUACUAAUGGGAAGGCAUCCUGGAGAACUGUUGACAUUGUCAUCAUCACCAUCUUUUUCGCAAAACGUGAUGCUAAAUGCCAUGUUGGAUACACGUUUGUCACCUCCAAGUGGCAAAAAUGUUACCCAGAGUAUUGUGGUUGCUACUAGACUUGCAUUUGCUUGCUUGCAUGCAAACCCCAAGUUUAGACCAACAAUGAGAUUUGUGUCUCAACAGUUUGUUGGUCGCCAAAGACCACUUUUGAAUCCUUUUCAAGCUAUUUCUCUAUUGGAACUGGUGAAUGGAGAAUCUCAACAAGAAGUUACAUGUCAUCCCAAUGAAUAUCAUGGUUCUUCUCCAAAUGAAAUCCUUGAUGUCUAAUUUGGGAAUCAAAAGGCAACUUUGAUUUGAUAAGGGAUUGUCAAUCAAAGGAGUACCCUUCAAUGAGUGUCUAUAACAGUAAUAUACGUUUAGUUGCCUUAUAUCUAUCGAAAUGAGAUCCUGUUCAACAAUAAAAUGGUGGACACAAAUAGGUUAUUUGAUUUAGUCCAAGUAAGAUCCUUUCACUGGUUGACAAACAAAGGAAAGGUUUUGAGGUACGGUUUCUCAUGGAUCCUCAAUCCCCAUCUAUGUAAUGUUAGUAUUUAAGUGCAUAGGUGCAUAGGCACUAUAAAUGUUAUGUAAAUGGAUUAGACUACCCUUUGUAUUCAAAAUAAAACUAUUUUUUGCCU